CAUUUUUGGUACCAACUUAACUUCCCCUGUUCCAGCAGAACAUAGAGAGAGAGAGAGAGAGAGAGAGAGAGAGAGAGAGAGAGAGAGUUUUAAGGAUGUCUGAUUGGGGCCCGGUGUUCGUGGCAGUGGUUCUGUUUGUGCUGUUGUCUCCAGGUCUGCUUUUCCAGUUGCCUGGGCGCCAUGGCUGCGUGGAGUUUGGGGGCUUUCAAACAAGUGGUGCAGCCAUCAUGGUUCACUCCCUCCUCUACUUUGCUCUCAUUUGCGUCUUCUUGUUGGCCAUCAAGGUCCAUUUUUACCUUGGUUAACUCUUUACCAGCUCCUCUGUUUUUGUGGUGAAAAUGGGACACCAAGGAAACAAGAAGAAAAUGUGACCAACUUUGUUUUGACCAGAACAGAGUCCGAG